UGCGCAGCAAUCAACACGGGCACCACGUUGUCAUCGCUGAGGCUCAGAUCCAUCGUGUAGGCAUACAUUACCAACCUGCACAGCGAGUUAAGUUUGAUCAUGUUUGGCCAUAAAUUAAACAGGAAGCUGGAAUUCUGGCUCGGAUGACUCUUUCCAGUUGUGAGUAAAGAUGGCGCGAAAAUAGGGGCUCUGCACGCUGAGCACACUACGAUGGCACGGAAUGCCCACCGAGGAUUCGCCGUUGCCUUUCAAGACAACAUCACAGAAGGCGCCCGUCGACUGCAGAUCCCGCAGUCCGCGUAGAAAUUCCACAGCGUCAGCGGGACAUUCAGGAAGAGGAUCUGUAAAACUGUUCGGCUUCGACAUCGCGUAGGAAAUAAGGAUGAUAAAGAGUCAGUCAGUCCCAAACGGAAUAUUCAGGGAAGCGCAGCUAAUGAUUGAGCUGUCUAAUGGCUAACAAAAACUAACAGAAAGUAGAUUAUCAAUUAAAAGUCAGGAAGGUCUUUAAGUUUUAAGUUUUAACUUUUAACGAUAAGAAGCUGGUUCUAAAAUCGUAACAAGUCGAUAUUUUACACUUUACAGUGCAUGGUAUACGAGGCAAAGGCAAAGUGGCAAAAGUGUGCUGCUGUAUGAUACGAGUACUGUACAGUACUUUUAAAUUAAUAAGUAUAGAAUAAGAUAAUUAUUAUGAUUGUACGACGUUUGUCUGGGCGUCUUCCUGAUCGCAAAAAAAAUGGUACCAUGAAUGGUAAAUCGUGAUGGCUGGAGCGGAGCUGACUUGUCACAUUUCCCAGUGCAAACUGUUAAUUACAGUCGUUCUAUGUAGGUUAGUAAAAUAUGCCUAUACCCUGGAUCUAAGCCUGAACGAAAACAACGUGGAAGUCAUACUGAUUGCCGCGGAGUUUCUGCAGAUGACUACGGUUGCCAAGAAGUGUUGGAAAUUCGUUGAAGAGCACAUGAGCCUGUCCAACUGCCUGCUGGUCUAUGCUCUGGCUUCUAAUCACGCUAAUCCAUAUCUGGCCGAGAAAGCCUUGACUAUCAUCCAUCCUCAUUUCCUGCGCUUGGCGCACAGCCAGGAUUUCCUGCAGAUGGACGCGCAACAGCUAAAUGCCCUGAUCGCAUCCGAUGACGUGGAGGUGUUUAGUGAGGAUGAAGUGUGGGAGGCGGUGCUGCGCUGGUUGGAUUACGGCCGUCCCGAGCGACUGACUCACCUACACACGGUCCUGCAGAGUGUCCGCGUUUCUUCUUUGACGGACCAGUGUCGACAGGAGUAUGUUGGGACCUUGGCCAGUGUGCCGACGGAAAUGCCACCGCCCCCGUCCGGAUUGGCUGGCAUGUCAACGCAGAACACCACACCGCGACAUUCAUUCGUGUUAGUCUGCUUGGGCGGUGGGGAUAAGAAUGAGAAAGGAGCUGCGGUCGAGAUCUUCUGCCCGUCAAUCCCGGCAGUGUGGCGUCUGAAGGAGUUUCCACUGCGCCAGGACUGCUUGGGGGCAGUGAUGUUGGACGAUCGUUGGAUGAUGAUCUCCAGCAAGUAUGACUUCAAGACCAUCGAAGUCGACAACCGAUACACAGGCCUGCGUGAGGAGUGGGGACCGCCGGUGGCCGACAUGCAGACACCGCGCCAUUCGGCAGGUUUGGCUGUCCUGAACGGUCGCGUUUAUGUGGCCGGCGGCUGUACACCUGGGUCUGGCGAAGAACUGUCGUCCGUGGAAGCCUAUGAUUUCAGGAGCAAUUCCUGGAGUGCGGUGGCCUCUCUACCCGUUGCUCUGAGGGGCUUGCAUAUGAUGGGACAUAGCGGGCUGUUGUACGCAGUCGGUGGUGUAGACAAGAAGGGACGCGCUAGCAGCUUGGUGUUCGCCUACAGCCCUGCAGUUAACGCUUGGAGACGACUGGCCGAUAUGCCCACUCCACGUUACAGCUGCUCUGCAUGUCUGGCGCCCAGCGGGCUGAUUUACGUAGUUGGUGGAGAAAUGGACGACGAAGACCUCGUGGACGUAGAGGCCUACAACCCCGUAACCAAUCAAUGGCAGAAGAAAGGCGAUCUGGUUUAUCCGCGCUGGCGUCCGGGAUUUGGCUGCGUGGACGGGAAGCUGUACGUUCUCGGUGGCAUUGGACCGAUCGGUGCUGAGAAUGAGACCAUUGAAGUGUACGACGCCGAUGCGGAUCGUUGGGAGCUACAUCAAUGCCGGCUGCCAUCCUGCAAUUUUGGCUUCGGCUGUGUACAGAUGAAACUUAAACGGCCUUGACAGUGCUUUACCGGGAUGAAUGUGUACGCCGCAUUACGUAUGGAACGUUGGACGGGGGAAGGGGAUAGAUAAUCAUGCAGUUUUAUUUUUUUCAUAUUCGUUGACAUUUUGCUCUCGUUGUGUUGGAAGUUGUAUGUUGAGAAGUUGUCAAGGCCAUAAUUUCUAGCGGUUUAAAAUGAUGUACUGUGUUUAUUUCUAAUUCUUAUUAGAA